UACAAUAGUACAUUGUACAACUAGGUACCUAAUACAACGGUACCUUAGGUAGCUGGGUCGAAAGCUGCUGCAGUGCAUUAGAAAAACCAUCUGUGUUGAGGCCACCGUGGAACAGCUACUCCCUGCUAGCACCAAUGCCACGGUCACGGAGGGAAAACGAUUGUGCCGAAAGCACCUCUGACACGUGACUUUGUAUCACGUGAUACUAUGGAAAUAAAGGUAUUCCGACGUCAUUGAAUCUGGCAUCCUAUUCGUUGAGGCUCAGGCUGGUGAGCGUGAAGUUGUCGAGGCCAUCUUGGCCAGGUUGAGGCCCUGAGUGUCUUGUUCCUGAGAAGAUCCCCAGCAAAACCGACAUAUAAAAAGUCGAGAACCGAACAUAUGUGUACAGCUGACGAUGCGAUACUUUACAUCACAUAGGUACGAUGGAAAUCGAAUAAUGAUCAACGAAACGGUAGACUAUUCCCUCAGGGCCGGCCGUUCUAGAACAUGACAAUCACAUGGUCGACGCAUGGCCAGACACUUCGAGACACCUGAAACGAACCACCCAAUCACAACCAGGGGUAAAACACAGGCAACCAGAAAUCGGCGAUGUGCCUGGUGGCGAACAGCGCAAGGAGAAGAUCAUAGCCAGGGGCCUAGAUCACGAGGGCACCCGUUGCGCGGACUGCACUACACUAGAGUACGCAGUCGUUGGAGAACUGGUAGGCCUGCAAGUGACCGGCUCAGGCCAUUCGUGGUCAAACCAUUUGUGGCAAGCGUCGAUGAUGGGCUGUGAUCGCUGGGAGCAAUGCAAUGGGCUUCGGGACAGUGGGCCCCCAGUCAGCCGCCCCGGCCAAUGCCUGCAAUAGUGCUUGGCGGCUUUUGGCCUCAAUCGCGAUCCAGAAGCCUGAUGUCCGAUCUGUGUGCUCUUUUUUCAUCUCUCCCUCAAGGGCACUGGCGAUCGAGCCAAAGACAACCUUGCUUCAACCCCUUCAGCCCCUCUCCACUGGCCAAAAUGGCAAGGUCCUGCGGAAAUGUGGUAGAAUCAUCUCUCUCGCCUCCGACCACACCACCUUGCUGUCGUUCUACGACAGCUCGCUUCAACGGCGUCGGAAUAAAAUACCACAACCCCCUGCGCCGCUCCUGAUCGAUUUGACCAUGCAAAAUCGGGAGUAAGGCAUCAACCUGCAGAGCUUACUACAACGUAUCGACCUCACAACCAGACUCAUCGUGUCACGUUGGAGCCCACGACGUGACCUUAAGCCAGUUUACCCAGCGUCGAACCCUUUCUCGAACCGCCCCUCCUCCAGGUCGUCCUGAUCGCGACUCUGGAGCCAUGCCGCAGAAUGUUAGACAAUCCCCCAUCGUCGGCACGGUCACCUAAACGAUCGUUCGCCCAAAUCAACGCCAACCAGGGCAUUUCUCUUCCCUCAACAUCGACGUCGCUUCCCACGAACAAGAAAGUCCGGAUCGAUCCGAUCCCCAGCUCUGAUGAAUCGGCCGCUGCAUCCGCUCGGCAGGCUAUAGCGGCGUCACCCCGGGCGACUGCACCAGGAGAGAGAGAGUCGAGCAGUGACCAGAGCGGCGCCAAAUGGUUUAGAAGGGCAAAUGAGAAUGUCGAAGGUCCAGCGAAGAAGCCUGCGAGGCGCGAAGAUGAGUCGCCUUUUUAUAUGACCCAUCAAAAAAGAUAUGAACCGUCACACAAUCUUCGGUCUGUCAAUGCGGAAAGUUUCGGACAGUUAGGCAGAGGCGACAGCGAGAAUGAUGAGCUGCGCGGAGUCAUUGAUGAUUUGACCGUCGAAAACAAAAAGUUGAAGAGUCUACUCCGUACCCGGCAAUGCCGGGCGAGUCCUGCCAGCAGUGAUCCAGAUCGGGUCAUUGAAGUUCGCACUCACGGAUUGCCACCGGAAAAGAAAAGAGAACUGGAAGAGCUCUUGAAGACAUUUGCAACCGGAGUCGCCAGCGAGAGUGCUUCGGAACCUAGUGGUUGUUCCACACGAUCCGUGGGCAAGCCUGCGCCUGGCAACGGCAAUACCAAUGCUGAACCUUUUGGUGCUAAUAAACCCCCCGGACUGGAGCACACCAACACUGACUCCGGAUACGCUUCUAUCUCCAACUCAGCCAUUCACUCAACGUCCAAUGCUGGUGACCCGAGGAUCCAGGAGGCCGAAAACAAAAGCCGGAAAGACUCGGAUAUUAAAAGCUAUCUGCAUGACAUCCCCGACUCGUUGUUCCCGCAGAACACACUGUCUGUCAGCGAGAGCACGAAAAUGGAACUCGUGGUCCAGAGGCUGGAGCAGUUGUUCACCGGCAAGCUGGCAGUGCCAGGAGAACAUUCUCUACCUGUCCAGCAACAGAAGAUUUCUCGUUCUGCAGCCAAGGCAGAUCGCCGGGAAGAUCUCAAACUGAACCGAACAAGUAAGCCGGAGGGUGCACGCGAGGCACACGUUCUCCCACCAGAUUCAAGUAUCAACCUCGACUCGAUUCCUCAAGAUAAUGGACAGCGUGGGGGAAAUCCGUCAGCCAACGAGACUGCUUCAAGCGACACUCCAGGAUCAAGUCUGGACCACCCUGGCACCCCAGAUCAACGACCUACUCGACCCUUAGAUCUGGAUAUACAUCGGGCACAAAUCGCGGUGGAUAACAUCCGGUACAUUCAACAUCUAGGUUUCUCAUCACCACAAUUUGGAACUGCCACGAAUACUCAGGAACAGCCGUGGAUGUAUCUGAAUCUGCUCAUGAGUAUGGCCCAGCUUCAUACGCUCAAUGUCACUCCUGCCUUUAUUCGCAAAGCUGUAAAGGCAAAGAGCACUAAGUUUGAGCUUUCGAAGGAUGGACACAAGAUUCGCUGGAAGGGCGAUCCUAACAAACCCAGUGGACAUCCAACAGAACAUAGCCCGGCUGCUAUCACGCAAACCAAUUUGGAAGAGGCGGGCGACGAGGGCGGGCGCCGGAGCGCGAGAAGUGCAGCAACCACGCUCAAUGAAGCUGCUCCUACAUCGCUUCUAGACGACAAAGCUUCGCCGAGUGUGAGUCAUGCUCUAUCAAGAAGGGAAGACUCCACUGCAACUUCCUCCAACGUGGCCGUUGGUCAGCCGUCGGCAUUGUCGUCAAAGGCCUCGUCGUUUGACUACAAGCCAAUCGUGUACCGUGGGAAGAAGCACCCUGCGAAAGGCCAUAAGUCUUACUUGGAUUCUUCAAGCUCAUCUGGCGACGUGUCCCCGGAUGCCACCGGCCCUCCCGAUGCUUUAGGUCGACCAAGCCUUGGGAAUAGCCCAGACUCGCGCGAAGGUUUCUUGACAAUCUUCAGCAAUCCUCAUUUCUGCAUUGACCUGAGUGGUGAAAAGUUGCUCGUCUCCUCGAGGACCGAUGUACAUCCGUACUCCGAAGCGGUUUUGGGAAUCUUCGAAAAGCCGCGUCCAGAAGAGGACAAUCUUCGCGACGCCUCUGCUUGCUAUUUCGUCUUGCCUGCCGAAGAAGCUCAACCUUGCUCACCUGACCAAUGUCCCGAUCUCUCUUGGGAAAUCCCACCUAUCACCUCCGCGGGCGAAGAUGAGACGCAGCCAAUGGAGCUGGAAGCAUCUGGCAUUGGCGGUGUUCGGCCGGAAGACAACUUUGCUAUAGAUGUGAAGGUGGAAAGGACGAAGGUGCAUAUUGCGAGCCCGGAGGUGACUGGGAGACGCAAGGCGUCAGGCUAUUGCUACCGCGUCAUUGAAACCACCAUGCUGACGCUUCAACCCUCUCGCCUGCCGCCACCAAGCUACGUUUUCUUCACCAGUUCUUCGUCCAGUGGAGAGCAGGACUACCUUGACAGCGACUCGACGUCUCGGUCGUCCUCCGAGGAAGAAUCUCCUGCUCCGGCCGGACUUUUGUGGAAGUGGUCAUCAAGCUCUACCGAUCAGCGGCCUGGGGAAGAGUAUUCGGAAGAUAGCUCGCUGGGUGCUUUGGAGGCAGCCCGAGCCCGAGCUCUCAACACUGCGGCCGCUCAAGUCGAAGAUUCUGACAUGAUUGCUAUUCGGGGAGGAGCAACCCUGAGUGGUAGCCUUGCGGCGACAGCCGGGGCGAGCUACAGUGCUGCUUCGGCCGCCGAUCUGGAGUCUGCUGGGCGCGAGGAGGACCAGGAGUCCUCCAACGACAUGGACUGCGGGUGAUUUCUUGUCAAAGCUGAAGGUAUCGGUGGUCCGACUUUCUUCAUUAAUAUCAUUAAAUUUGCCUUUAUUAUACGACAUAGCAUGGCGUUGGUGGAUUCGUUAUGCGGAUAACACGCAAUGGGAUAGUGCCCAUUUCGGGGCUGCACGCGUUUGACGACCGGAAGCUACCCGUGGCAAAAGAACCGUACAUAUCAUUUAUUCUGCGUUACUAUUAGUGGCCGUUAUAUUUUACUUGACGUUUCACCGUCCCCUGAAGGCAUCUAUGCCUAAUGAAUGCGAUCCCACAAUCACAGGUGUUGGCUGUUUAGUGGUCUCGCCCUGAUCUGGCUGUUCGGCGCGGUUCGCUGCGAACUGUUGAUGAUCAUCGGAUGUGAGGCCUGCGCUGGUGUGGACACGGAUACUGCCGGGUAAGAACUCGGGAGACCAAUGAGGCCGGCCAACGCCCGGAGAACUGUUUGACGCUGCAAAUACGAACCCCUAAAAGCUGCCAUAUCUCCUUGAAAUAUUAUUGUCUCCGAGCAGAUA